AUGUUGCUGCUGAGCGGUCUCUACUUGGCUGUAGCAGCUGUGCUACCGACAUUAACAGUGGCAGACACAGGGCGGUUCUGGUUCAUAGCUGACUUCCACUAUGACCCGUCCUACAUGAGGCCGCAUCGGCCAGGCAAGGUGUGCGACUCCCUAGGGGUGGGGAUGGACCCCCCUGCGAAUCCGGGACCCUGGGGGGACUACUCCUGCGACCCCCCCUGGCGCACCAUCAACUCUUCCAUCUUCGCCAUGAAAGCCAUAGACCCGAACCCGGAUUUUAUCUUACGGGGAGGUGAUGACGUGCCACACGUGGACCGCGGCGCGCUGAACUACACAUCCCGGACUGUGGUCAGUCUCCUCAGUAACGUCACACGGCUACUGGAGGAGGUUUUCCCUGGAGUACCCGUCUAUUCUUCUCUUGGUAACCAUGACUACUGGAUCAAGAACCAGCUGCCCGACACGCCGAAUGACGUGUACAAUGACGUAGCGACGCUGUGGUUGUCGGGAGUGGGUCAGGAUGCCAUGGACACCUUCAGGAGAGGUGGUUACUACAGCGCCCCCUUGCGACGGGGGCUGCGCGUGAUCGGGCUGAACACCAACCUGUGGUACGGACGGAACCAAGUGACGGAGGGGGAGGAUGAUCCCGCUGGGCAGUUCGCGUGGCUGGAGGAGACACUGCAGCAGGCCAGACAGAACGUAGAAAGGGUCUACAUCAUCGGUCACGUGGCCCCGGGUACCCACGAGCGGAUCUACACAAAGCGCGACUUCCGGCCCAAUCACAACAAACGGUACAUCGGCAUCGUCCGGAAGUACGCUGACGUCAUAUCCGGUCAGAUGUUCGCGCACGAACACUACGAUACUUUUAGGAUGUUCUACGAUGAGGAAGGUGCUCCGAUCAGCACAGUGUUCCUGAGUCCCGCCAUCACGCCCUGGAUGCGGAGAAACAACCCUGCCUUCAGACAGUACGUGUACAACCGGGAUACGGGGGAACUGCAGGACUACCUACAGUACUACGCCAACCUGACCAAAGCCAACCGACUCCAGUUGACGGACUUGGACUGGCAGCUCGAGUACCAGGCCACGGUGGAUUAUGGGAUCGAUGACGUCAACCCCGUCUCCAUGGAAACGCUGAGGAAGUCUCUCAACGAAGUUCCAAGCGAUGCCUUUGAGAAGUAUUACAAGCAUAAUUCAGUGGGAGUGGACUAUGUGUAUGGUUCAUGCAUAGGGAACUGUAGGGCGGCUCAACUUUGCUCCACAUACAGGGUGGACUAUGACGAGUAUGACGUGUGCUGGAAGGGUACAGUGGCAGGGGUUACAUGUCAGAACCUGGCUGAUGUAAUGCUUACUGUGUUAGCACUUGCAGUAAUGGCUGUAGUUUGCCAUUUGGUUUGA